AUGGACCCUCAGCAUAUAAUGUGCCAGUGCCCGAACUGUAACGUCGAGGCAAAACACUGGGCACCUUGCACAUGCCCUUGCCCAUCAUCCCCUGAUGUAUCCUCUUCAACACACGCGUCCCCUAACUCUGUAUCAGAAUAUGAUCAGGAGCCCACAACACCCUCUCCCGCUACAUUUGAGCCUCAUCAAAGUGCCAGUGCCCUCGACCAGGUAGUCAGCUUCUGCUACGGGGGAUGUUCAACCCAGUAUAACGGCUUCCAUCCACAGAUGGAUUACGCAUCACCCAACCCGUUGAUCUACGCCGAACAUCAGGAUACUCAGCCAGGAAACCAUACCCCCCCUACAACACCAGGCCAAUCUUCAAAGUCCGCAGCCUCGUCGCAAACCGAAGACCAUUUUGCGACCGGGGAUACCAAUGGCAUCAGAAGUGCAACGGAAGAAUUGGAGGAUCUACGUCCUGCAGAUAGAUUCCUUGUCAAAUGCAGGCUGAAAAAUAUGAAAUGGAGAAGAAUCCACAAGCAAUACAAUAGGAUUUGGGAAGCCAGAAGCGAGGGUGAUUUGAGGGCGCGGAUGAGCACAAUCAAGGAUAGAAACCCCGCAGUCAGGGCCCUUCUCGAGUAA